GCCAUCCUCCUCUUCCCACCGCCGCCGCCGCCCCACCCUCCUUCCUCUUCCCGCGCGGGGAGCAGCGGCCACGCCGCCCCCACCCCUCCCUCCUCUUCCCCCGACCCCAACCCCCUGCCUGCUUUCCUCCCCUAGCAGCAAGCCGCCCGCCGGUCCAGGUGAGCAGAACGGGCUGGUGGCCUCCUCCAGCAUCUCCCCGCCGAUCUUCUCUUGUUUGUAGCAGAUCCACGCCCCUGUCCUCGCUCGAUUCGCCAGCAGUAAAGGACAACACAACCCUCUUACUCCGUCGUCCAAGGGACUGCAGCACUAGAGCAGGCAAUGGCCACAUCAGCAUACCCUCCGCCUCCUCCAUAUUACCGACUUUACAAGGAUUACGAGCAGGAUCCCUCUUCUGCACCAGAACCUCCACCGCCAAUUGACGGAAAUUAUAAAGUAUUUGGUGUUGAGCGCGAAAUAAAUGAGGUGUUGCCAAGUUUGGAGAGUCGUCAGCUUUAUCCAAAGGGCCCCAAUAUUGAUUUCAAGAAGCAGCUAAGGACCCUCAACAGAGAGCUUCAACUGCAUAUUUUGGAGCUGGCCGAUAUUUUAGUGGAGAGACCAUCUCAGUAUGCUCGCAGGGUAGAAGAUAUUUCACUCAUAUUCCAGAACUUAAACCAUCUUCUCAAAUCCCUACGGCCUCAUCAGGCAAGGGCCACAUUGAUUCACAUGCUUGAGAGCCAAAUUCAGCGUCGCAAGCAGGCAAUUGAAGAUAUAAAGCAGAGGAGAGAGGAAGCGCAAAAGCUGCUUGGUGAAUCACUGCUCGUCUUAGAUGGAAGCCAAACUAAUUAGGCUGAUGCCAAUUUGGCUGUUAGAAGACAGAUAAGUGCUCUGAGUUAAAGAAAUCUAAAUAAUCUUUAGAUCAAUAGCUUGUGGAGCCAACCAAGAGAGUCGUUGAGAUAUUUCUGGCUUGUGGUAUCUGUUGGGGCCAUUUAGUAUUUUUCAACUUUGAUCACUGAAUCUUGUACAUUUUUAAUGGUCGACGCUAACAUGCUGUGAUAUUUACAUUCCGUACUUUCUCAGUUGGAGAUUGUCGAAUUACUUUGUAGUCUUAGCGGAUUGUUAGACUCAUGUCAGUAUUUUAGAUGUGUUGUUUUAUUUUGUUGCUAUGUGAUUACAUGCUGAAGCAAGUGGAUGGAAUAUGAACGAAUUAAUUCUAUCUUAGUUUCUA